AUGGAAGCGUUUUUUGCCACAAAGAAAGGAGGGAAGUCUGCUCGAGGAAAUACUUGUUGCCAACUCUUUGUCACUGACAAAGGAUUUGUAUAUGUGGUACCUAUGCGUACCAAGAAAGAUGUCACCCUGGCCGUCAAGCAAUUUGCAAAAGAGAUUGGAGUCCCCGAUGCAAUUGUCUGUGACGCGGCAGGUGAGCAGACGUCUAUUGAACUCAGAAGAUUCCUAAAUAGCAUUGGGACCACUAUCCGGGUCCUCGAACAAGGAACCCCGUGGGCCAAUCGAGCUGAACUGUAUGUAGGAUUAAUGAAAGAGGCAGUCCGUCGUGACAUGAGGGACUCCAACUGCCCCUUCGUCUUCUGGGAUUAUUGUGUUGAGCGAAGAGCUCGUGUCAACAACUUGACUGCAAAAGAUUCGUUUCAAUUGCGCGGUCAAACCCCCCAAACCGAAGUAACCGGAGAUCCAGGCGACAUUUCGAAUUUGAAAUCCUUGGGAGAGUUCUUGGCCCAGCAACCGGUAUGGGGAAUGAGAUGUGUCAGUGGGUAUUGCAAGGUAUUGCAAGGUAACGGAACAGUCAUCUCCCGUCGCACCGUCCGCCCACUGAAGACUGAAGGAAUCCAUUCGCCUGAAGAAGAACAAAAGAGACAACUCUAUGAUAGCUUGAUUGAAAAGAAGCAUGGCCCUAGCUUCAUCAAACUUGAGAAGGAUCUUAAUUCUGAGGAGGAUGGUACCACCACGAAUGCUCAUAUGUCAAAUGGAGUUGCUUCAGAGGAGGAAGAGGAUCAUUGGGAACUGUACAAAGAUGAUGAACAGUUUGCCCGGCCGAUGCCUGAUGUUGAGGAUCAACUUGACAUUCAUGGUCAUUUGAUCAACCAACAGUCGGCAUAUGACCUUUUGCUGAAUCUGGAAAUCCGUAAUGAAUCUGGUGAACAUGGAAAGGUUGUCUAA